AUGAGUUACCGGAGUGUCGUAGUGUUAGUGCUGCCACUCUGGAAGUUUGCGGCUAAGCACUUCGUGGUGACCUCAACGCGAAAGUUGCUGGACUUUAUGCCGGAAUUGGUGGCGUUCUCGGUCGAUUUCUUCGGUACACUGUUCGUCUCGGUGUGUAUGUACUCGUCCGGGUCCUUCUAUCUGUCUGCGCUCUUUAUCCUCGCAGACGUGGGGCAAUCGCUUCUGGAAUUCCGUGAAAUUCAUGCAAAUGCAAAAGUUGUGUUGGAAUUGCUCCAAGAUCGGCGUGCGUCUCAGCACCGUCACCCCUGCGAGAACAAUCGACGACCAAGCAACAUUGCCACAACCGAAUUACUGGCCAUGGUAAUUGCAGUAACUCGAAACCCCAAGGCGUUUGAAGUGAAGUCGCUGCACGAUGCGAGACUGUGGUCGUGUCUCCCGCAUCAUCUAACCCACGAACAACUGGAAACUCUUCGAAACCUGGACGCUUUGGGGCUGUACGAUCAAACAGACGUGCUCACUACCCGACGAAUGACCCAGAGGAUGGCGGCAUCAGGAAUCCAUACAAAGGGAACAACUACGAACAUUUUCAAGGCUCUAGGCACCAGCAGAGGCCCCAGACAGGCCAAUCGAUCCAAAGACUUGGUCUUGCAGGGUCUGCAGCUGCUGUUUCACUGCGAGUACCUGGCGCUAGUGGAGUACAUUGAAUGCGUCGUUCCGCUCAUUUUUGUCAUUUACAAAUCGGUGCUCGAGCAGCUCCCGAAUGUGGUGUACUACCCAGGGGGAGCUGGCAAUUGGGGCAUGACAGCGGUGGUGAAUCUACUGGUGUUUGCCGCGCUGGAAAUUGGCUCGCUGUUUCUUCUGCACUUUAUCCUGCAGCACAAGUUUGCCUUUUCCCCGCUCUACCAACUUGCGUUUGUGCUCGAGACGCAAGUUUACCCGGUGCAAGCCAAUCUGUUCUUGGAGACGAUUUUCCUGCUUCAGUAUCAGCUUGAACACUUAGGGGCCGAUUUCACGUUCCGCUUCAAGUGGCUUCGCGGCAACGAAUAA